AUGCUUAGACAGUCAAUUAGAAGUGCUUAUAAUGGAAACAUUGUUGCCAAAAGGUUUAUCCAACAAUCAUCAAUUAACUUUGCUAAAGGUGAUUCUUCCACUAUUGAUUCAUACAGAUUACCUUCACAAUCAUCAAUAAACGAAUGGGAAUUCAAAUACGAUUUCAUCCCAAAGACUACUCAGCCCAAAGUACCACCAGUUACUAAAGAGGCUGUCAAGCAAGAUAUUGCUCAGGAGAAAGCUAAAGCUGUCGAAUGUGAAUUAUUUGCAAAGGAGUCCAAUUCAUCAGUCAAGGUUGAAGCCAAUGAUGCUAAGGUAUUGCACGGUGGUGAAUCAGUAGGCGCAGAGCAUGUUCUUCGAGAGGAUAGAGGUAGCAACCCAAUUGAUUCAUCCAAACCAAAUGUGUCCAACGCCUCCAAACCAAAGAAGGCAGCUAAUCACGAUCAAUAUGUGCAAUCAUCAGUGAAUCCAGACAUUAAUCAAGCUGAUAUUGUCAAUUUGGGUGAGAAUGAAAUUGACCACAAGACUGAAGACGUUGGCAAGCAAGCACGUGUUGUUGAUGAUAUUGAACAUGAUAACUUGCAUCACCAAGGACAACAAGAAUCAUCAUCUUCAUCAUCAUCAUCAACUUCUUCUUCCUCAGGAAGCUCAAGCGUCGCUGGUGUGUUGGCUCUUUUAGGUGUAGGUGGAGCAGGAUACUGGUAUUACACUUCAUCCUCCAAGCCAGCUAAGAAGUAG